AUGUGGGGUCCAGCACAACAGUGGCCAGAGAUCCCCGGACCCCAGAAGAUCCUCCAAACCCUAGGCUCGCUAUGGCUGUCGCAGACUGCGGAUGAGAAGCCCAGUCUCGGAACCUCCUCGUCAUGCUCUGGGUCGGAAAUUAGCUGCCAGGCGAAAUACCACGGCCAAGAUACCUGUUGCUUCAACUACCCAGGUGGUCAGAUGCUUCAAACGCAGUUCUGGGACGUCGACCCCUCCCUCGGUCCUGAUGACUCCUGGACGAUCCACGGGCUUUGGCCUGACCACUGCAAUGGUGGGUUUGACCAAUAUUGUGAUUCCAAACGCAAGUACAGCAAUAUCUCUUUGAUCCUGGUAGACUCUGGCCGCGGCGACCUGCUGGAGUACAUGAGCGAGUACUGGAAAGACUUCCGUGGCGACGAUAAUAAUCUUUGGGAACAUGAGUGGAACAAGCAUGGGACUUGUGUCAGCACACUGGAAACACAUUGCUACGAGGACUACAUUCCUCAGCAAGAGGUUGUAGACUACUUCGACAAGACAGUCGAAGUGUUCAAGGAGGUCCCUUCGUAUGAGUUCUUGGCAAAAGCGGGUAUACUACCUUCUAAUCACGAUACAUACGAUCUGGCCGAUAUUGAAGCUGCUCUCUCGGACGGUCAUGGCGCACCGGUGGUCGUCCACUGCCGGCGUGGCGCAUUAAAUGAGAUUUGGUAUCAUUACAAUAUUGCCGGCAGCUUACAGAAUGGGGAAUUCGUGGCGGCACAGCCAGGUUUGUCUUUCCCUGAAAGUGACACCUUACGAAAUGAUAAGUCUCAUCGAUUUGUUACAGAUGGCCAGAUUUCCAAUUGCCCUUCGCGAGGCAUUCGAUACCCACUGAAACGCCCCCAAAAUGACCCUACUAAGACCACCACCCACGGUCCAGGGCCUACCACUCCUCCGGGAGCGCCAUUCGUUGGUCGGGGGAACUUGGUCGUCACAACACUAAAUCAGCAACGCGGUUGCAUUAUCAGCACCGGGGCUUGGUACUCCUCUGGCACAUGUGCUACAUUCAGAGCGACCAAGGUGUCAGAGAAUACCUUUUCUCUCAAAUCAAGAAAGGGACAGUGUGCCUUCAAGCAUGAUCGACUUAUUUGCGGACCAAAUAUUCAUUAUCCAACGGAGUUCUCAGCCCAGGAUGGAAAAUUGAGCUAUGAAGGUAAAGCAACAUUCUAUGCAGAUGCAGCGCCCAAAGGUUGGACACAGAGCAUAGUCUACUCCUCUGAGGAAGGACACCCGGUUGAGAUAGAAAUCAGCUGGAGAUCAUAG